CGGGACUUCCGUGCUGGUUGCUAAGACACUCUUGUUCGCUCCUUGACAACCCUGGCGGGGGUGCGCUGGCAGCGGCCUCGGCUCCGGCCCCCGCGGGAGCAGCACCCCUUGGGGAAAGACAUUUUCUGCUCCCUCUAAGUUGGCAAGGCCUGCUUCCCGAGCCUCCUGAGCAGCGUGACUGCUGGGCCCAGCGCCUCCUGAACGUCCCACCCUCUCCUCCUGAGGGCACACUGGGAGAAUCAUGGGAGAGACAGAAGGGAAGAAAGAGGAGGCUGACUAUAAGCGGCUGCAGACUUUCCCCCUGGUCAGGCACUCGGACAUGCCAGAGGAGAUGCGAGUGGAGACCAUGGAGCUUUGUGUCACAGCCUGUGAGAAAUUCUCCAACAACAACGAGAGCGCUGCAAAGAUGAUCAAAGAGACAAUGGACAAGAAGUUCGGCUCCUCCUGGCAUGUGGUGAUCGGCGAGGGCUUUGGGUUCGAGAUCACCCAUGAGGUGAAGAACCUCCUCUACCUGUACUUCGGGGGAACCCUGGCUGUGUGUGUGUGGAAGUGCUCCUGACAGCACCCGCAGCUCUCCUGCCUCUCCUCUGGGCUGGGGAGCAGCCCUAGGCAGAGCCUGGCUCCUGCAAGGAGAGUUCCAAGUUUUCUUUUGUCCGUGUGUACCAGUUUCCUGAGCCACAUCCAGGUGUGAAUUUUGUGACAUCUCCACUCCCAGGCUCUCCAUUGUCUCCCUCUGAGUCCUGAGCUGUGGACAGGCUUCUCUGUGUGCAUGAGGGGUGGGAUUGUGUGAUGGGUGAAGGGGGUGAGGUCAUGGGAUUUUUCUCCUUGGAAUGGACUGGUCCCACCCUCCAUCCCAGGAGCCCAAAGCCCUUCUGCCCCCAGGACUGCUGGGAAGUAUCUACUCCCUUGUCAUUAGUGGCUAUGUAGAAGUAGCCUAAGAGGAGGCCUUUCCUCUCAUGAGACACAGGACACUUCUCUCCUUGUCACUGGGGAAGGGGUUCCCUCUCCCCUCCCCAGCCUAACCCGGAGCUGAACAGACCACCAUUUCUUACUGGACCAGCAGUUCAUAGCCCUGGCUUUGGCAUGAGGAUCAUACAGUCUUCCUGUCCCCUUCUCUCUCCCAGCCCGGGCCACACAUCAUAACACCUCCAUCAUAUCAGCCACAUGGCUGAGAGCUAGGGCCAAGGUGCAGAGUGAGUUCUCAAGCUGUUGCUGAACUCCGGUGAGACACCUGGGCCAGGAGUGCGCUCACCGUGAGGCCCCUUUAGCAGGGAACCUGGCCUGCCAGGACUUCAUCAGGGACCGCAUGCUCUUUGUACUUCUUACCUUGCUGGCUUUUCUAGAUUCUUUUUGAGUGUUGGGAGAAGGGUUUUAGUAGAAGGGUGAACCAUAUUUUACACAGCGGUCUUAUUUAUAUAAACGUCUUGGUUUUUACAAUUAAAAUGACUAAAAGCUAAACUUAGUCUAUGGUGUACUGAAGUAUCCUGGAAGAAGGGCUCUGGGCUGCCCUACUCAGCCUGCGUACUCAGCUGUAGCAGAUUUCUAUCAGAUCCCUGGACGGUGAUGCAACAAAACCAGUGCUGCUGGAGGGUGAGUGGCGUGCGUGUGUGCGCAUGUGCGCACACACGCACAGGCCUGGAGAAGCGGCACCAGAGCCAUCUGGGCAGAUGUGAGGAGCAGGAACUAGCCCUCCUGGAUUGGGUGGGAGAGUUCCUUGGCCCCAUUGGGGUUGCUGCCAGAGAGAUGGGCAGCCCUGUGCAUGGGACUGGAAGGGGUGACCAGGUGCGAUGGUGCAGGAGGCGUUGAGGGGGCUCCAGCCUGGAAUAGCUGUGACUGAUCAGUGCCUGCCUUGCAUCUGUUCUCCCCUUAAUCUGCCUCACGUGGGUGCUGGCAAGUGAGGCCGGUUUAGCAGUAGCCAAGAUAGUGUAGUGGCUGGGAUUAUGGGCUCCAAGGUCCCCGGAUCUGGUUCCUGUUAUGUUCUAGGCCACAGCAGUUUUGUCUGUAGAGUGGGCAUGACACUCGCCUCCAGAGGCUGUGUGGCCACUGACAGGCAGGUAGAUGACAGGGCACUGUAGCUGGGUACUUUCCUGGACAGUCCUCCUCGACUCCUUUUUCCUCCUCACAGUGUGUGGAAAAAUAAUUACAGCUUAAGGGUAAAAGCUAAAGAGAUGUUGUUAUGGCUAUUAAUCAAGUGUCCCCUCCCUGUUUCCCCCACCUGAAAUCAUAGUUUGCUACUUAAUGAGCCCUCUGAUGGUUAGCUUUAAUUCUCGACACCACCUGGAACCACCUGGGAAGAGUCUCAAUGAGGGACUGUCUCCAUUGGGAUGACCUGUGGCCUGUCUGUGGGAGGCGUCUCAAGUUAACUGAUGCAGAAAGACCCAGCCCACUGUGGGUGGCACCAGUCCUAGGAAAGGGGCCCUGAACUGUGUAAAGAGUGGAGAAUCCGAGCGAAGCUCAAGCAAGCGAGCCUGUCUGCUCUUGACUGUGACUGUGGAUGUGAUGUGAUUGAUGCUUCAAGCUCACUAUGAACUCCCCACAGUGACUAUAACCUGGAAGUCAGACCCAAAAUAAACCCUUUCUUGAUGUUU